GCCAUGGAGAACCUGGAGAAGCAGCUCAUUUGCCCCAUAUGCCUGGAGAUGUUUACAAAACCCGUGGUCAUCCUGCCCUGCCAGCACAACCUCUGCAGGAAAUGUGCCAACGAUGUCUUCCAGGCCUCCAACCCGUACCUUCCGACCAGCCGCAGCGGCUCGUUAGCAUCUGGCGGCCGCUUUAAAUGCCCGUCAUGUAGGCACGAGGUCAUCCUGGACCGCCACGGUGUCUACGGGUUGCAGCGGAACUUGCUGGUAGAGAACAUCAUCGACAUGUUCAAGCAGGAGUCAGGCAGUGGCAGCACGCCAGCGCCCCAGCAUAAGGAGGCGGCAGCGCCUAUGUGCGACGUCCAUAAAGAGGAGAAGAUCAACAUCUAUUGCGUGACCCACAAUGUGCCCACGUGCUCAAUGUGUAAGGUGUUCGGGGUGCACAAGGACUGCGAAGUGCAGCCCAUCAACAGCAUCUAUCAGACAAAAAAGACCGAGCUAAACGACGGUAUCGCCAUGAUGCUAGGCAACAACGACAGGUUGCAAGGCAUCAUCAGUCAACUGGAGGAGGCCUGUCGCGCCAUAGAGGAGAAUAGUCGGCGUCAGAAGAAUCUCGUGUGUGAGAAGUUCGACCUGCUAUACACCAUCCUUGAGGACAAGAAGCGCGACAUGAGCGUUAAAGUGACGGCAGAGCAGGAAGAGAAGGUCAGCUACAUCCGGGGCUUGACCAGAAAGUACGGAGACCACUUGGAGGAGAGCUGCAAGAUCGUGGAGAAGGGGCUGGAGAUCAUGGAGGAGCAAGAAAUGGCUGUCUUCCUGCAGAAUACAAAGCCUCUCCUCAAACAACUAGCAGAAGCUUGCAGUACAUCCCACCUGGACAAAGUCGAGCGAGGUUACGAGAACAUGGAUCACUUCACGGCCGACUUCCGGCGAGAGCGCAAGGUCCUGGGCAGCAUCGACUUCCUCCAAGAAGAAGACGAUGACGAUGAUGAGGACGAGGAUGUACCAGCGCCAGGAGCGGCACAAGUAGAAGCGGCGCCGAUUGUCGCAACAGCCACAAGCGGCGGCUCUUCCGUUCCUCCGCCUGCUGCAGCAACCGCACCAACGAAUCCCAUAUCCGCCGCGGCUAAGAGCGUAGCGUCCAUCUGA